CACCCUGCCCUAGGACCACCGAGGAUCUGCUCCCCUGAAGAUUUCCUCGCUCUGCAGACCCUUUCCCCCCCCCCCCCCCCCCCUUCCCAUCUCUGGGGGCACCUAGGGGAACAGCUUUAUUAUUAUUAUUUUUUGGAAUUUUUCCUUAAACAACCUCCCCCCCCCCCCCCCUCCACUUCCGUGGUCUGGAUAUUCUGAGUGACUGCAAGAAGAGUUUGGGAUUUUUUUCUUUUUUCUUUUUUCUUUUUCCCUGCCCUUGAACUGAAUUUCUCCGUGCAUGCCUCUUCUGGAGCGAGGCUGGAGCCUGAACCUCGGUGCGUGUGGGGGGCCAAGCCUCGAUAAUAUUCCUGCAGUAAGAGUAAAAUGUAAAGUGGAUAAUACGACUUCUUGCCAAAGGCUCCAAUGAGUGGCACACAGUCCACAAUCACGGACAGGUUUCCUCUCAAAAAACCUACAAGACACGGCAGCAUUCUGAGCAGAGAGUCUCCAGCUGACAAGAAGCAGAAGGUUGAACGCUGCAGUAGCACACACGACUUUGAUCCGACAGAUAGCUCCUCCAAGAAGACAAAGUCUAGUUCGGAGGAGAGUAGAUCCGAGACGUAUGGUCUUGUUCAACGGUGUGUUAUUAUCCAACGGGAUGAAAAUGGAUUUGGGCUGACAGUCAGCGGAGACAAUCCAGUCUUCGUGCAGUCCGUCAAAGAAGAUGGAGCAGCCAUGCGGGCUGGAGUGCAAACAGGUGAUAGAAUUAUCAAGGUGAAUGGCACUCUUGUAACACACUCAAACCAUUUGGAGGUGGUAAAGCUGAUCAAGUCGGGUUCCUAUGUAGCUCUCACUGUUCAGGGGCGCCCACCAGGGUCUCCCCAGAUUCCAUUGGCUGAUUCUGAAGUGGAUCUGGCAGCGUUUGGGCAUAUGUGUCCCGUCAUGACAUCGCCCCAUUCGCCUGGCACAUCAGGAAAUGCAGAAAGGAUUACUAGCCCAGUGCUUAUGGGGGAGGAGAAUAAUAUUGUCCACAACCAGAAGGUGGAGAUUCUGAGAAAGAUGCUACAGAAAGAGCAGGAGCGGCUGCAGUCUCUGCAAGAAGAGUAUAGCCGAUCAUCCAGCUCACGACUGCUCAAAGAGAUACAGGAAACAAAGAAGCACAUUACUCAGCUGCAGGAGCAGCUGUCCAAAGCCACAGGCUGUACUCAGGAUGGAGUUCUGUCCUCCAGGUCCGUGACAGAAUCGCUGCAGAUCAGUGAAGUGGAGGCAGAGAGUGGGGAUGGUCUGAGCAAACUAGAUUACAGCAGUGACAGCCCCUCCCGACCAAACAGUGACAUUGCUGAUAGUCCUCGCAGUGGCCCGAAGGAGCGGGUUUAUCUGGAUGAGAGCCCAGAGAAGACUGAGGUUCAAGAUAUUGAUUCUCAGUCGAGUGUUGGAAGUCCUUCAUGCCGCAUAGGGCCUCAGAUCAUUGGAGCAGAGGAUGAUGACUUUGACACUGAGCAGGAGCAGAUUAAUGGACAGUGCAGCUGUUUCCAAAACAUUGAGCUCCUGAAAUCUCGCCCAGCUCACCUUGCUGUUCUUCUGCAUCAUGUGGUGUCCCAGUUUGACCCUGCAGCAUUGUUGUGCUACCUUUACACAGACCUGUACAAGCAGACCAACUCCAAAGAGACUCGGCGUGUCUUUCUUGAGUUUUACCAGUUCUUCUUGGACCGAACUGCAAAUCUUAAAGUUCCAGUUCCAGAUGAAAUCUCCGUAGAUCUAGACAAAAGAAGGCCAGAGCUCAUUCCUGAAGAACUUCAUCGCCACUAUAUACAAACUAUGCAAGAUAAAGUCUGUCCAGAAGUUCAGAGGAAUCUGGAAGACUUCAGGCAGAAACGUAGUAUGGGAUUGACCCUGGCAGAAGGAGAGCUGACCAAGCUGGAUGCAGAAAGGGUUCGUGAUCGGAACGCGGUGGAGAAGGAAAGAGCAUGUGCAGAACAGAUUAUUGCCAAAAUUGAGGAAGUCUUUUCCACAAUGCAAUACGUGAUCCUUACUUACAUGAAGCAUCUGGGAGUCAAAGUUAAAGAGCCUCGGAACCUGGAGCAGAAGCGUGGCCGUAUUGGUUUCUUGCCAAAGAUCAAGCAAAGUAUCAAGAAAGAGAAAGAAGGAGAUGAAAAAGGAAAGAGAAGAGGCUUUCCUAAUAUUCUGGGCCCACCGAGGAGACCAAGCCGACAUGACAGCAGUGCAAUUGGCAGAGCCAUGGAAAUACAGAAGCAGCGCCAUCCAAAGCACUUACCUACAGCAUCUUCUGUUAGCCCAGAACCACCGGAUUCUGGCAAGAUGCGCCAGAGUGGGUCCUCCAGUGAUGGAACAGAUGCACCCUACGCACCUGCCAACCCAAUGUCUCCUUUGGCAACGGGUCCCUUUUCAUCUCCAGAGGGAAGCAAGGACAGUGAAGCAGGCUCGAAGCAGACUGGAGAAGCACCACCUGCUAAUGACUGUGUGGAUGGCACACCCCGCACACCUAAUAAUACUUUUGAAUUCCCAUCUCCCUUGGAAAACUUGCCAGAGGAGGAGGGAGAAUCUGAGAGAGUUGUCGAAAUGGGAACACCAAAGCCUUUUCGCAAGAUGGACAGUGUCGGUUUCGCAGAUGUACAAAGUGAAGAUGAGCUGUAUGAUUUUGACACGGACAUGGACCCUCCCAACUGGCAGCAACUUGUGAGCCGGGAAGUGUUGAUGGGGCUGAAACCCUAUGAAAUCAAGCGCCAAGAAGUGAUUAACGAGCUGUUUUACACCGAGAGAGCUCAUGUCCGCACUCUGAAGGUUCUGCAUAAUGUUUUCUACCAGCGUGUCACCCGGGAAGGGAUCCUGAACUCCAGUGACAAACGGAAAAUCUUUUCAAAUCUGGAGGAUAUCCUCGGGCUUCAUGUUGCGUUGAACGAUCAGAUGAAAGCAGUCCGAAAAAGGAACGAGACUUCUGUUAUUGAUCAAAUUGGGGAGGACUUGCUUUCUUGGUUUAGUGGAGCAGCAGAGGAGAAGAUAAAACACGCAACUGCCACGUUCUGCAGUAACCAGCCCUUUGCUCUAGAGGUCAUAAAAUCGCGUCAGAAGAAGGACUCUCGUUUCCAGACUUUCGUGCAGGAUGCUGAGAGUAAUCCACUGUGUCGCCGGUUGCAGCUGAAGGAUAUCAUUCCCACAGAGAUGCAGAGGUUGACUAAGUACCCCCUUCUGCUGGAUAACAUUGCUAAGUACACAGAACUGCCUGAAGAGAAAGAGAAAGUGAAGAAAGCAGCAGAUCAUUGUCGUCAGGUUCUUAACCACGUGAACCAGGCUGUCAAGGAAUCUGAGAACAAGCAGCAUUUGGAAGAUUAUCAGCGUCGUCUUGACCUCUCCUACUUGAAGCAAUCUGAGGAUCCCAUGAUGGAUGAGUUCAGGAACUUGGAUCUAACAAAGAGAAAAAUGCUUCAUGAAGGACCUCUAACUUGGAAGGUUAAUCGUGACAAAACUAUUGAUCUCUACACUCUGCUCCUGGAGGACAUUCUGGUGCUGUUGCAGAAACAGGAUGAUAAACUGGUCUUGAAGUGUCACAGUAAAAUCUUGGCAUCAACAGCUGAUAGCAAACACACCUUCAGUCCUAUCAUCAAGCUGAACACUGUUCUGGUUCGUCAGGUGGCAACAGAUAACAAAGCUUUCUUCGUCAUCUCCAUGUCAGAAAAUGGCGCUCAUAUUUAUGAACUGGUGGCACAGACGGUUUCAGAGAAGAAUGUGUGGCAGGACCUUAUAGCUCAGAUGGCGGGGACUGUAAAAAUGGAGAGUACCAGAAGAGUGAUUCCAUUACCACAGUCAGGACCUGGCGAAGAAGAGCGUGAAGAAGAGGAGCAGCAGAAGCUCAAAGAGCAGCAUGACAUUCCUGCCAGUAGUCUACAAAGUCCAGACAAAGAUUUGGGCCUAGACUCUUCCUUGAUACUGAACGCUCAGACUUCUUCGCCCACCAUGUCUGAAAAGUCGGAGGUAGAAAGUCUUCUUGUGACAGAAAGACAGUUUGAUAAAGUGCAGCAGGCAGACCUGACGCUUAAAGAUACUUCUACAUGCUAUGAACACACAGCCACCGAUUUACCGUCGGUAUCAGGAGGGCAGUGGGCAUUGGAUGCCUUAAGGAACUUGGACUUGCUGAAAAAACUGUUGGUACAGCAGCUUGGCUUUUCUGAGAAGGGGACCCUUGAAGACCGGCAGCGCUUUCCCAGGUUUAGGACCGUCUCUCAAGAAGCCCAAACGGAGAGUGGAAGUGAGCUUGGACUACAGCACUCUGACGAUAACAAAUUUCACCAGCCUGGAACAGACCGCAUGCUUCCAAGAACCGAAACUAAUGAAUCCACAGCUAGUUAUGGCCUCCGGACUUCAGCUGAAUCACCAGCUUCAGGGGAUGCCAUGCAGCUGAUAGGGAGAGACCCCAGAUCGAGCAGUAACUCAGCAAUAGACCGCAUGAGUAUGAAUCUGGAGAUCUCAACCGCCGAGCUGGAAGGGGUGGGUGCUGAUGAGAGCGGGGAGCAUUUUUUUGAUGCUCGAGAAGCUCACAGUGAUGAAAAUCCAUCUGAAAGUGAACUAAUGGAAAGGAAGGAAGAGGAGGAUGUGCAAAUACGGAUCUCAGGAAAUUAUUUGAUCCUUGAUGGAUAUGGAACAGUGCAGGAGAGCUCCACAGAUGAGGAGGUAUCAUCUCUAGUUCUCCAGUGCACUGCAGGUGGCCACACCUCUUUGGACUCUGCCCAGCAGCAGCCUCUUUCCCCACGGGACACGCAGUCGGAUGGAGGAAGCUCCCCGUUUGCCGAGGAGAUGCUGGUCUCGCGCUGGGGGGGAGUGGAAGAGUCCUGCUCAGUUGUAGCAAGCCCUCACUUCUUGUCUUUAGAGUCGCGUGUGCAGAUGAUGCAGUAUAUUCAGAAGAUAGAGAACGACCUUGAAAAGUUAAAGGAGGUUGAGGAAGACUACAUCAUCCUCCGUCGCCAAGGGCUGGCUGGAUCAGCCUCCACAGGAGAGCACUCAGAGAAAAGCUAGUCAUGUUUUCAGGAGUGGCUGAAGAUUGGAUGAAGAGUAUCAGGACCCAGCACCUAGUGUCUUCCGUGUGGACUCUGAGACAAGAGGGUUCGGACCAUCCAAACGUGAACCAUACUCUAGCGAAGUGGGCAUGGGUGCUUUUCCUGUGGAGCAUCUGCACUAUCUUAUCAGUGAGGGAGUCUGUUCUAUUCUACUCCUCCUCUCCUUGAUACCAGAAAUUCAUUUUUCAGAAAGAAAAACCAAACCAAAUGUACAGAGCUUUGGGUGUAGGAUAUAAAAAUGUAUUUAGACAUUUAAGAAAAAAUCAAUGUAUUUAUUUGACUUCAUUCCGUGUAUCAAAAGCACAUUUUAAUUUUUUAAUCUGCCUUUUUUUUUGUUCUAUUUUAAUUGGGUAGUGACAGUUCUAGCCCUUUGCAUACAGUACACGCUGCCUCCCACUGCUCCUGAACCAAAGGUCAGGUCUGAGGGGAGAGGGUGUGCCUGUGUGCAGGUGUAUCUUUACUUCACUGGACUGGACUCUGCACUCCCUGCUGGCAAUCAAACUGCCAUGCGAAGAGCUACUUAUGAAGGUGUUAGGAUGACUUGUGGCUGGAACUAUCUAUAUUAAAAAACUGCAUGGGAAAUACUCAUGUCACCACGCGUGUAACGAGAAUUUUCCAUGCGCUAAAUAGCCAGGCACUUGGGCAAACUAUUUUCCCCCCCUCUCCCAUUAGAGGUCUCCUUUGUUGACAUGCAAGAUUAGGCUGGGAGAGGAGAAAGAUAGGUUUAAUUUUUUUUCUUGACUUCGUUGGCUUUGAUCAUUGUCUCCUUUGUAAAGUGAUAAAAAUACUUGGACCUGCAGCACUUUUGUAACUCUUCUCUGGAUCAAAAAGAAAAAAUGCAAACCCAGAAGUGUUUCAAAGAUGUGGGGCACAUGGGUAUCUGCCCCUGAUUCACUACUGAAUGAAUAAGGGCUGCCAUUUGAGUUAGCCACAGGUACUGCUGAUUAUAGGGCCAGUAAAUUUUAGUACCUGAAAGUAUGUCUUGCUGAGGGCUUGGGGUGUUAUUUUUUUAUUUUCAUUUUUUUAAAAAACACUGAUUUGUGCCAAUGUGUUCUAACUGAAACAGAGAUGCGCAAAGCAAAGAAGGCUGGAACAGCUCUCUAGUACUUCCUUAGGCCUGUUCUAAUGGGUUUUGCUGUUGUAAUUUCUUCCAGUCUGGGAACAAGAUGGUAAAUACCAGCCUACCAGCAGAGCUAAUGCUGGACAGCCUAAGCUUGCUGUGCCUCUGCUCUGGAGUUGGCCCUAGGGCAGGCACCUGCUUGGCACAGGGUGGUUCAAGCUGUCCCCAGUGUCACAGACCUGUAAAUCCCAUUAACACAUCAGAACUGCAACAGCAACUGCGAUUGCGUGGAUCGUGAGGUGCUGAGAAUCUGCCUUUGGUCAGCAUAAAGAUCACUCUCCCUGCUCCAUUAAAACAAAUGGUUUCUCUUCAGCUAUUGGCAAAGAAUCAGAGCUCUCCCUUUUUUACUCACACUGGAAAAAAAACACAGUUCUUGUUCUUCCAGUUAGAAAUAACGCAAGGGAUAAAUUCAUGAAAAGAUGGACAGAGGUUGAGCAGAGAGGAUUUGGGACCUGAUCGUACGAUGGAGCCGUAAGCCCUUUCAGAGCAGGGAGGAGUUUUCUCUCUCUUUUUUUUUUUUUUAAGAACCAAUUGCACAAAGUGUCAUUUGUCACCAGCAGGAGCAUUACACUGCCAACACAAGCCAAAGUGUUCUCUUCCAUGCUGGCAGGAGCUGCUUCUUCCUUGGGACCCACUAAGGCCUGUCCUGCUGCACCUGCAUGAAUAUACUGUCAGUAUUAGCCGAGCGCUUCCUUUCUUACCUGGUGGGACCUCCCCCCUCACCUUCAGCCAUACAGUUCCUUUGGUUAUAAGCAUCUAGACUUCCUCUGAUAAGCCCCCGAAGUAGAAUGCUGCCUUAUGCUGAUGUGGCAUCUUUUUACCUGAUCCUGCCAGAAAAAGAGCUGGGCCGUAGCCAGACUUGGUGUUCAAAGCCCUUUUUUCCCUAUAGACAAGGACUUGUGUUCUCCCCACCCUCAAAUCCCCUUGGUCAGUUGGCACGAUGCUGGUCUGGGUUUACACACUCCAGAAACGGGAGCAGUUCCUAUGACCUUAGCUGUCUAAAAGCUUUCCAGCAGGUUCCCAUGCUUGAUUGAAAAUCACCAUCAAACCGUAUUAAAUAGCUUGCUCUGGCUUUUCAAGACUCCACUGAAAACCAGCCAGGACAGGAAUUGUGAAGGCCUAGUUGCUCAGUUCUCUUCCCUUGUAACUGAAGACAAAAUCCUUGGCUCUCUGGUUUCUCCAGGUUGCGUGAAUUUUAAGGUUGCUCAGAUGGGCCGUGGAGGGGCGAUCGCCCACGUGGCCUCUGACUUUUCCACUUCUGCUUAAGCAUUCUGUAGCGUCAUCCACCGCUGUGUUGUCUCUUCUCUAAGAAUGUAACGCCAGUGAAAAAGCAAGCUGGGAAUGCAGAGCGUUCGUGUUGCCAUCUCAUCCUAGCGUUUCUGCCUCUGGAGCUGCUGGAGAGAAGUUCUCCACCGUCCCCUAAUGGAUGUGGGCCAGGAGGAGGUGAGGUGCGAUUCUGUCCCUGGCUCCUCUCAGGAUGUCUAAGGGGAAACAGCCUCACUUUCUGCUAGGCUGACGGUGAUGGCAGAGGAGCCUUUGGGGCGGAUGACACGGGCAACGUGCAGUGCAGCAGACUGCAUGCACGGUGCUUUAAGGAGUGUUAGAGGGGAGCGACCCAUUUGAACCCAGUUGUAUGGAAAUUAUAACUGUCACGCUGUGCUCCGUCCUGUUCGGGUUUUGUUUUCACCUGGCCUUCUUACGCUACAUCGAUCAUCCUCACAAAUAGGGCAUUACUCUAAAAAGAUGACGGUGGGGUCAGGGAUCCUUUAUCUCCUGUGUGCGGUUACCUGCAAUUACGAGGGAUUCCUCGUUACUCUCUAGCACGUCUACUGUACGGCAGACCUCAGGCCGUGGCUUGCUGUGUGGAGGGAGCUGGAACUCAAAUGCACUUUUCAGGAUUUUCAUUUUUCCCCCUCUUUAAGCCAUAAGAUUACCCUUUUUAAAUUCCAGUUCCCAGUGUAAGAAAGCAUUUUAAUUUGUUCCUGGCUGGUGAUUGUACAUUCCCUUUUUCAGACUGGACAGCAGAGCAGGGCAGUGAUCUCUGGUUUGUUUGCCCCGGCCCCUGUACUCCAGUGGUUUUUGUGUGUUGUUUUUUUUUCCCCUCUCCCAGUAUAAGAUGAGCAAGGGUUUCUUAGCAUGGGAACAAGGAUGUAGUACAGCAACCAUCUUUCAUGUCCUUCUGAGAUGUGCUUUCUCUUCUCUGCUAUUAAGGGUUCUUCCUCAUGGACCAGAAAAAAAAAAGAAGAAAAAAAAGGUGGGCUGGGUGCUGUCUGGAGAGGGAAGUUUCCUUCUCUCCUAGAGGGGUAGAGGAUGAAAUGGCAAGAUUCUCUUUGGCCACUCUGGUUCCUUGAACGUGCCAUGUCUUCAGGGAGGGAGAUUUCUUUAACAUCCUAUAGUUGGGAUCAGAAGGAAGGGUAUGGAGCGUGAACCUGAAGAGCUCAGAAGUCUGGGUGGGUUUGGUCAGCUUUCAGACAGCGCUAUUCCGAUUUCCAUAAAACAGAUGUUCUGAAUUGCAGAUACUGUCCCUGCUGUUAGAAGAGGGGUCUGAUGCUUCUGCGGGUGGCCCUUGGCUGUGGUCUCAGUGCUCGAUGGUAUCUGGUAUUGUUUUCUCUCUCUGUUCCCCAAAGAAAUCCCUGACUUCCCUCCCCGUCCCCAAAGGUGCCAACUGACAAGCAGAUGUACUGCAAAAGGGAUACUGCAGCCAAAACACUGCUGUUUUGUUUUGAAUUAAGUCUUUUGGAGCUCUCUUCAUACUAGAAUAUUUUUAUUUUCUUUGUACAACAUACAAUCAUGUACUCUUAACAGAGAUUUACUUUAAAGAGAAGAAAAAAAUCUGGAAGUAUUCUUUAAAAAAUACACAAAAAUCUUUAUUAAUAAUCCUGUAUUUUUACUGAUCAUGUUUGAAUGUCUAAAAAGACUUUAUUGUUCUAAUUAUCCAGAUGUAUGUUUGUAAAAUAGCUCUUUUAUGACUUAGCUGAUAAGGUUGUAUGUUUCUGGAAUUAAAUAUUGGUCACUUAAAAAAAAAUAUCUGUUUUCAGGAUCUGGGAAAUAGAAAAUCUAAGCGUUUCAAAUAUCAUUAAAUAAGCUUAAAGGAAACAUGUUUUGACUGCUGGAUUUUUUGGGGUGGUUUUAUUUUAAUUACUUGGAGCAUUUGGCAGGACAAGCUGUCCUGACGGGCCAGGGAAGCUUUCAUCUGGUGACUUCGCAGGAUCUGUAGCCGCUCUGGUAAACGUGGAAUGCCCAGUUCUCCCAGUUAGCACCAUUCCUGUGCACUGGGGCUCUUCCUGGAAGAGGGAGCCAGAGCGAUGCCCUCCUGUGCCCAGGAAGUGUUUGGGCCAGGUGGACCGCUGGCUCUAGGCAGUGAGUUCACUGUAAGCACCCAAACCUCAUCCCCAUCCUAACCUCACAGCACAAGACAGGGAUGUGCCUGGAUUCAGCAGGUUCUGCUUAGAGAGCAUCUUCUAUCGAUGUAACCCAUUUCGUGUGGCUCCUCCUAAGGCGGGUGCCCAAGAUGGUCGUUUAAAAUGAAUACCCACAGGAGAA